AUGAAAGAAGAUACCAGUGUGUAUGGACUCCACGCUAAAGAAUUAAGUCUAGUUCCUGAUUUGGUCUUACCUCCGAAGUUCAAGAUUCCUGACUUUGAGAAAUUUGACUAUAACAUGUGUCCAUAUGCUCAUAUUACAAUGUUUUAUAGGAAGAUGACUGGAUACAUAGGGGAUGAUCAAUUAUUGAUACGAUACUUCCAGGAAAGCUUAACGAGUUUAGCAAUCCGAUGGCCUAACAGAAUGAUAUUACAAGGCAUGGGAAAGAAGUCUAACGAGAGUUUUAGACAAUAUGCUCAAAGAUGGAGGGACGUGGUUGUGCAAGUCCAUACACCAUUAGAAGAGGAGGAAACAAAUAUGCUUUUCAUCAAUACCUUAAGCGCUCCUUUUUUCACACACCUUAUAGUUAAUCCUUAUCAAAGUUUUACUGAUAUGGUUAUGGCUGGAGAAAUGAUUGAAAUGGUAGUAAAAAAUGGAAAGCUCGAGGAAGGGGAGUCAAAUAAGGAAUCACAGAUGAAGAAAAAGGAAAAUGAAGUCAACAAUGGAACAGGGUCAUCAACACAAAAUACCAAUAGACAAGGGGUAAGGGAAUAUAGAGAGAGGCCUCAAUUUGAUCUGAUCCUGAUCACUUAUAAGGAACUUUUUCAGAUAUUGUAUGACCAACAUGUAGUUUCACCUUAUUAUAUGUCACCACUGCAACCUCCUUAUCCGAAAUGGUAUGAUGCUCAUGCUCAAUGUGAGUACCAUGCGGGAACUCCCAGACAUUCUGUUGAGAAUUGUACUUCAUUUAAAAAGGUUGUCCAACACCUAAGAAGGAAGAAUAUCAUUAAUUUUUGUGAUAGUGAACAACCGAAUAUAGCCCAGAAUCCGUUGCCAAAACAUGUAGGAGCAGGGAUUAACGUAAUUACAGAGGAGAAAGGGAGGAAAAUUAUAAAGAAUGUUAGGGAGGUCGAAUCGUCCAUGUAUUGGGUACGGUGCCAAAUGAUUAAGGUAAGAUUGUUGAGGCCCAAUCCAUCAUCUGAACUAUUUAAUAGUGAAGAGAUAUGCCACUAUCAUAACUGUGAGGGACACAAUAUACAACGGUGUCAUGAUUUCUUAGAGCUGGUAAAAGAAAUGAUAGAUAAUAAAAAAAUUGAGUUCUUUAAAGAAGUGGUUGAAGAAGAGAAAACAGAAAUUUGUGCUUCUGAGGGAUCGUCCAAAGGGGUCUAUAAUGCUAGUUGUCCCCUAAUCAUUACUCCAAAGUCUCGAGUGACAGAAAGGGUAGCUUCGAAGGUGGUUAUUACACCUCCAUCUCUAUUCCCAUAUCGAGAUAAUAAACAAGUACCAUGGAGGUAUGUUUGUUAG